UCUCAAAAUCCUCCGUUUCAGAACUACGCUCUAGAUUCAAGGGUUUACCCGAUUUCUUUUAUGGUUUUUGUAGAUUAGAUUAGAGGAGAAAAGUAAAGAAGAGAGCGAGCUAGGAAUUUAAAGCAAACAAGAAACACGAUGGACGAUUAUCAGGAGAUGGAGAAAUUUGGCAUGGAUAACGACUUCGAGGACGGCCAAUGGAUAAACGGGGAGUUCUAUUACCGGAGUCGUAAAGAGAAGCGCAAGCAAACCAAGGAUGACAAUAUCUAUGGGAGUUUCAAUUACAGUUCAAAUUCCGAUUACGACGAUGGAGACGGCUCAUCCUCUCGAAAACGAAAAAAAGGCACUGAUUCUGGAAGGAAAGCUGACCUCACUAAGCCUGUUAAUUUCGUUUCGAUAGGUACUGUAAUGCCUAACCAAGAAAUUGAUAAGGAUUCCAAAGAAGAGACUGUUGAUGAUAUGUUUGCCGGUGAUAAUGACAGGCCUGGAUUAGGUUCAGGGUCUGGGUCUGAACCGGGGUUGAGUGCUGGGUUAGGGUUUAAUGGUAGUAAUAAUGUGGUUAAACAGACUGUGGAUGUCGGGUAUGGUGGUGGUGAUGAGGCUGAGGAUAAUUUUUUGCCCACUGAAUUUGGGAGAAGGAUAAAGGAGGGAGCACAAAGAAGGGAGCGAGAGAGAUUGGAAAAGAAAGAAAAGGGAGGAGGUCAAAGGAAGGAAGUGAGAAGUGGGGAUGUUGGGGAGUUUGAAAAACAUACAAAAGGAAUUGGGUUCAAGUUGUUGGAGAAGAUGGGGUAUAAGGGAGGUGGAUUAGGGAAGAAUGAGCAAGGGAUUGUAGCCCCAAUUGAAGCAAAGAUGAGGCCGAAAAAUAUGGGAAUGGGUUUCAAUGAUUUUAAAGAAGCUAAGCUGCCUCAACCAGAGGAGAUUAAGAUUCUGAACCAGAGCCAAAACCAGAACCAGAGUCAGACUAUGGGGAGAGCAAAGGAGAAACAAUGGAUGAGGGGGAAGAAAAAGAAACAAGAGUAUAUAACGGCAGAGGAGUUAUUGGCAAAGAAGGAAGAACAGGGUUUUGAGGUUGUACAGAAGGUGCUUGAUAUGCGAGGGCCGCAAGUGCGGGUGCUGACAAAUUUGGAGAAUCUAAAUGCAGAAGAGAAGGCAAGGGAAAAUGAUAUUCCAAUGCCAGAACUUCAGCAUAAUGUUAGGCUAAUUGUGGACUUAGCUGAGCUUGACAUUCAGAAGAUCGAUAGGGAUUUGAGAAAUGAGAGAGAGACAGCCAUUAGCUUGCAGAAGGAGAAGGAGAAGCUGGAAAUGGAGGCUGCUGAUCAGAAGAAACAAUUGGACAACGUGGAGGAAAUCAUGGUUGUUUUAAGCCAUAUUGAGGAACAAAAGUCCUCAGGAACCCUGACAUUAGAUUUCUUGUCAAAGUGUUUUGCUGACUUGCGAAGGAAAUUUGCAGAUGAAUACAAGCUUUGCAACUUAUCUUGCAUUGCAUGUUCCUUAGCUUUGCCUUUGUUUAUUAGAGUAUUUCAGGGAUGGGAUCCUCUCAAAAAUCCAUUGCAUGGAUUGGAAUUGGUGGCAUCGUGGAAGAAUGUGCUUCAAGGUGAGGAAAGUUAUGAUAUUUGGGAUGUAGCCACACCUUAUACACAGUUAGUAUCAGAAGUGAUUUUGCCUGCUGUAAGAAUAUCUGGUAUUAAUACUUGGGAACCUAGGGAUCCUGAACCAAUGCUUAGAUUUUUGGAGUCAUGGGAAAAGUUGUUGCCUGGAUCUGUUAUCCAGAGCAUAUUGGAUAACGUAGUCAUGCCAAAAUUGUCUAGUGGUGUGGAUUUGUGGGACCCUCGUCGUGAAACUGUCCCUAUUCACGUUUGGGUGCAUCCAUGGCUUCCACAGUUGGGACAGAAAUUGGAGUAUUUGUAUGAGAAGAUACGGAUGAAGUUGAGCAUGGUUCUUGGUGCUUGGCACCCAAGCGACGCAUCUGCUUAUGCAAUCUUGUCACCUUGGAAAACUGUGUUUGAUUCGGUUAGUUGGGAAAAUCUUAUGCGGAAAUUCAUAGUUCCUAAGUUGGAGGUUGCAAUGCAAGAGUUCCAAGUAAACCCAGCUGAGCAGAAGCUUGAUCAAUUCUACUGGGUCAUGUCAUGGGCAUCUGUGCUUCCAGUUCAUCUCAUGGUUGAUUUGAUGGAGAGAUUUUUCUUUGUCAAAUGGCUGCAAGUUCUAUAUCAUUGGCUGUGUUCAAAUCCAAACUUACAGGAGGUUCACAAGUGGUAUAUAGGUUGGAAGGAACUCCUCCCACCAGAGCUUCAGGCACAUGAAAACAUUCGAUACCAAUUUACUCUUGGUCUAAACAUGAUUGAUCGGGCUAUUGAAGGAAUGGAAGUAAUCCAGCCUGGCUUGAGGGAGAAUCUUAGUUAUCUUAGGGCACACGAGCAAAAGCAGUUUGAGGCUCAAAGAGCUGCAGCACUUGCUCAACAGCAAGCCGCAGUGGGUAUGGGAAGCACAGUCCAAGCAGAUAGCAUGGGUGCCGGUCCUGAGAUGACUUUGAAAGAAGUUGUUGAGGCCCAUGCACAACAUCAUGGUUUGCUAUUUAAGCCUAAACCUGGCAGGACAUACAAUGGUCACCAGAUUUAUGGCUAUGGUAACAUAAGCAUAUAUGUGGACUCUGUGCAUCAAAGGUUGUAUGCCCAGAAAGAGGAAGAUUGGUUCCUGACAAACCUCGACAGGUUGCUUGAGAUGCAUAACAAUUCUCUUACUAAGAGACGGUGAAUUUAAGAGCCUCUUAGGAUUUGCCAGAAUGUGGAGCCACUACAGGUUGUGAAAGAAGUCUUGAGUCAGGUUAUAUGAUGCAGUGCAUCAUCCAUAUAAAAGACCUGAAGCUGAGAGCGCUGCCCCCGGGGGAAAAUGGAACACUUCACAAGAUGGACUUCUAUAGUCUCUUUCUAUGAGAAGAUUUCUAUCCUCAAUUAUAUGGACAAAGUAACUUGCAAGGGUCUCAAAAUGAGGUUUAUUAAUCAUGGGAGAUGCUGGUACUUGAAGUCUGCAGCUCAGAUUGUGGACCAUUUGCAAAUAUCUAUGUACAUUUAUUAUAGGUUAUAGGCUAUGGAGCAGGUAUGCUGUGUAAUACACUGUGGAUCAUGUGAAUAUUAAAUUCCUAUCAUGGACUAGGGGUACCUGGAGAACUAUUGGCUUAGUGCAGUAAUGGAAUAAUAUUGUCCAGUUCAGAGCUCAAUUGGCAUUAGAUGAUUCUGUUUAUUAGUUUGUAAUUUUUCUUAACCCCUGUAUUAGACAUUCACUCGUGUUGUCAAUGAUAUUGGCAUGUUAUCUGUUCCAGUUAGAGAGAAUCUCCAGGUCAUAGGACUUAAAACAGAGGACACUUGUCAGUUCUACUUUAAGCCAUGAACUUCAAAGAGAAUGUGUGUCAGGCAUAGACCUUUCAUGACUAAUGGAACAACAGGAAAUGUGCAUGAGAAAUGCUCUUGAUAUUCUCUUGAA